AUGUGGUCCACCGCCGCCUCUUGGGUCGCGCUACUUGCGCUGACCGCGGCCCUCACCCGAUACUACAAUCCAGAUCUGUUCAAUAAACUCACGGGUCAAGCGUUCACACGAGCACCACAGCCGCUACAAGAGUUGGAGAGAUCUGCUGCCAAACGACAGAAGGCGAAACGGACACAUGCCAGUCGACUCGAGACUAGCAACAGCGGCACCUCUACGCCAACCAGUGCUACUGAAGGCAAGGCCAACAAGAGAAGGAAGCUCGUUUCCGCCCCCGUCGGGGACAAGGUGGUAGCUCAGACUGCCGAGGGUCAACGAAUGGCUUUGCCUCGAGACGAAGAGGAUGGAUUGAGCAACAGGGAAUUCGCUCAACAACUCGCCAAAGCGCAGGCCGGGACCAACUUGGAGCCUGCCACAUCGCAGGGUGCCAACAAGGGAGAGCGACGCGCUGCCGCGAAGUCCUCGCAAGGAAAGCGAAACGGCCUGGAAGCUUCGGGACUUUCCACCGAGACCUCUUCCACCACCGGCCGCGAUGCGGACGAUGACCUUUCCCCGAUCGGAUCUCCCUCUACCGGCCCCGUGUCAACCGCACCCACCUCCCGCGCUGGUGACGUUUCGGACAUGCUAGAGGCCCCUGCUGCCAAACCUAAGAUUCUCAGAUUGACAGAUGUCAAGAACGAGAGUCCGAAGUCAGCAGCGGGCGCCUCCAAAGCCCCUUUUCAGCCUGCUCUGACCAAAAAACAGCGACAGAGACAGGCGAAGGCAGCUGAGCAGAAGGCCUUGAGGGAGGCGUCGGACCGCAUCCACGAGCAAAAGAAACAAGCACAAUUGCGAACUGCCAGAAUGGCUGAAGGAAGCUCGGCCCAAACCAAAGCCGAUUCAUUCACGGCGAAGCAGAAUGCCUGGCAGACUGGAAAGCCAGCCUCGGAGAAAUUAGCCCAAACCAACCAAGUUGCGCCUCUCCUCGACACCUUUGACAAGCCAGAGAUACCCCCGGUCGCUGUGAAUGGGUCUGUCACUGCAGAGCCACUGUCCAACGUCACCAACACUGUCCCCGAGACCGCAAACGUCACCGAAGUCAAAAAAGAUGUUGGCGAAGGCAAGACCCAUGCGUUGGGAGCAUCAGAGCGGGAGAAACCUGUCAGACCUGCCCUAGGCAGCCAACCAAGUUGGGCUGACGAAGUCAACGAGGAGGAGCAAGACAAGUGGGCAAACGAGCUGGCACAGGAAGAAAAAUGGGAAUCGGUGACCAGCAAGAAAGGCAAGAAGAAGUCCAAGAAGGAUAUAAAUGACACCAGCAGUGAAGCAAGUUCUUCGGUUGCCCGGCCCUUGGCAAACAAUAACCAUUCUGGCGUCAACGGCAGUCACACGAAUGGGGUCAAUCCUCGCAUGGAGAACCCGAACCGAUUCCAGUCAAUUGAGCCAGUGACAGACCCUUCGUUCAAGGAUGCCGAAUGGGAGGCUUGA